AUUACGCACCUUUGACCUCCAGCACUGUCAACAGCCUAAGCUGCUCACAGAGAUGCCAGAGCGUCCAAAUCCACCAGCAGCAACCGGUUAGUCACAUGACCAGCGUACAGAGCUGCCUGUCUCUCUCUGUGUGUGUGUGCGUGUGUGUGUGCUGCUUUUAUUUCCGCGUUCACCGAGGGGAGAGAAGAGCUGAGCUGAAUGAGUUUUCACGGCCGCCCUGUGUCUGCACAUUUGACGCCGAGAAUCUGCGUCGCCGUGCGGGAGGAAACUCACACGAUCGCAUCGCCGCUGCAGGACCAUGCUCACGCGGGUGAAAUCGGCGGUGGCCAAUUUUAUGGGAGGCAUGAUGGCUGGUGGAUCCAACGGUGACCAUCCCGGCGGCUCGGAUCUGCCGCUGAGGUACCCGUACAGCAGACCAGAGUUCCUGGGACUGUCGCCCGACGAGGUCGAGUGCUCGGCGGAUCACAUCGCGAGACCGAUCCUCAUCCUGAAGGAGACCAAGCGGCUGCCGUGGUCCACCGGCUACGCAGAGGUGAUUAAUGCAGGAAAGAGUACAUUAAACGAGGACCAGGCCUGCUGUGAGGUGCUGGUGGUCAAAAGGAGACCUGCAGGAAACUCCACACCCAACCGGACCCCCACGGACCGCAGGAGGUCUUCCCUGCCUAACGGAGACGGUCUGAACAUCAGAGACUACCAGGACUGCUCUGAGAACCUAACGUUCCACUACUGGGCACUGUUUGAUGGCCACGCAGGCUCUGGCGUGGCCGUAGUGGCUUCCCGCCUUCUGCAUCACCACAUCGCCCUGCACCUUCAGGAGGUGUUGGAGAUCCUCUGCACUCCCAACCUGCAGCCCCCCACGUGUCUCGGGGAGGAGCCCAUCAAUCACCUCCUCACCCCGACGUCCCAGCGCGCGCUCACCCGGGCCGCCUCGCUCCGUGGCGCCGCGGGGGCUCCAGGCUCGCCCAGCACCCCGCCAACACGCUUCUUCACCGAGAAGAAAGUUUCGCACGAGAGCCUGGUGAUCGGGGCCAUCGAGAAUGCUUUCAAAGACAUGGAUGUGCAGAUAGAAAAGGAGAAGGCAGUCUACAAUAUCUCAGGUGGAUGCACAGCACUUGCGGUCAUCUAUUUGCAAGGGAAGCUCUAUGUCGGGAACGCCGGGGACAGCAGAGCUAUCAUUAUCCGAGCCGGGGAGGUCAUCCCCAUGUCAGCAGAGUUCACACCGGAGUCAGAGAGACAGCGACUGCAGUUCCUGGCCUACAUGCAGCCCCACUUAUUAGGGAACGAGUUCACACAUCUGGAAUUCCCGAGGAGAGUCCAGAGAAAGGAGGUUGGGAAGAGAAUGCUGUACCGUGACUUCACCAUGUCAGGAUGGGCUUAUAAAACCAUUGACGACGAUGACCUGAAGUUUCCCCUGAUCUACGGCGAAGGCAAGAAGGCUCGUGUGCUGGCAACCAUCGGGGUCACCAGAGGUCUUGGGGACCACAAUCUCAAAGUGCACGACUCAAAUAUCUACAUUAAACCCUUCCUGUCCUGCUGCCCAGAGGUAAAAGUUUACCCUUUGGCUCAGUGCGAGCACGGAGCUGAUGACGUUCUGGUGCUGGGAACUGACGGCCUGUGGGAUGUCCUCUCAAACCAGGAAGUAGCUGAAGCUGUCACCUGUUUCCUGACAAACUGCGACCCCGACGACCAGCACAGGUACACAAUGGCAGCUCAAGACCUCAUAAUGAGAGCACGCGGGGUGCUGAAGGAUCGAGGCUGGAGGAUAUCUAACGACAGAUUAGGCUCAGGAGACGACAUCUCCGUCUACAUCAUCCCCCUCAUGUACGGCAACAAGCAGAACUAGCAAAAACUUUGAAAGUACAAACAGAAACCAAAUCAUAACCCUCCCUGUCCAACUUAUCCCCUGAAUUUUUUCCUCACCCCCUUGUGCUCUUUUUGAAAGUGCUUUAAUGUGGACUUCCCUCCUCUGCUAAAGGGAUCAAAGACGUUUCUGGUCAGAGACGGGAUCUCUGUCCAGGCUGUUUCCCUGUCAGUCAUCUCAAAGCUGGAUGAUUUCUUUUCUCUCCCUCCUUUUUAUAGUUAAAAGAACCUUAAAAGAAGCCAUCUUGAAUUUUGUUGUGGGGCAAUGCCUGAUGUUGAGAGCAUGGACUCUCAUAGAUGAGGUGGUGACGUGCAUCUCAGGAUUGCUGUUGCAAACUAUUGCACAAUAUUUAUAAAUGUAAAAAAAAAAAAAAUGUAAAUACUCCGAGGGGUAAGAUUUGAAGAGUGUGUUCGGUUGAACACUUGUACAGUCUGUAAAAAAAAAAAAAAAAAAAACCUACCUGAAGACUGAUGUGCUGCAUUUUAAUCACACUUCCGCUGUCCCAUGUAGAGCUUUUAAAUUUGCUUGAUGGUAAGUUAGCUGGUUGUCUUAAUGCUGCAGUUUUUGUUCAGUACCCCAUUACAAUGCAUUUGCAGCUCACGAUUUGAGGACAAAAGCUACCUUUAUUGAAGAAACACUAAAAAGAAGAGCCAACUGAAGAAGAUUUUCCAACAAGAAUACAAAAUCUGCUAAUAUAAUCUGGCGGCCAUUUUCCUAUAAUGUGAAGCUCAAAUACUGGUCUUAAGAGAUAAUGUUCUCCUGUACCAAGUCAUAUAUAUGUUGAGAAUCUAACCAUUUGUCAUCAUCAAAUAAAUAUAUCCGAUUUGAUUGAACUAAAAAGGUUUAAAAAGUCGAAGUCCAACGAGAUAUCCGGCCAUUUCUCAAACAAAGGAGUUAAUCGCUGUGAGGCAACUUACAUUAGCAUUAGCUGCCAUCCUAGCUUACAUUUCUGUUUGAUGGUGUUCCAUGAAAUUAUUUGAAAUGGCAUAAAGAUCUGUUGACAAACUCUUGAAAAGGUCUUUCAUAAUUAAUAAACUCAUUUUCUGUUGUAAGAUGUGACACUUAUCUAAUGGUGUAAGCUUGGAAGCGGUCGUUAUUGUUGGCUGUUGUCUCAUCUGUAAGCUUAACAGGUUAGCAUGUUGUGUUAUCUUGAAUACAGCUUCUUGUACAUUCAUAUUUCUUUAUCUAGUAUCUUUUCUGUUGUUGAUCAUUCAAGUGGUUGAAUAUAUUGAGCAUUACGUCAGAGACAAAAGGCCAAUAUGUGUGAUUACGUCGGUUAUAUCCAGCCCAGCUUUUACAUUAUUUAUUAAAACGAUAGUUAUCUUUUGUGUUAUCAUUCACCAUUAGACAUCUACCUCAUAAUUUCUCCCCCCUUUUUUUGUGACACCCAUUCCAAAUGCUGUCAUUAUCUGCUUUAAGUGGCUGUUUGCAUGCUACAUCAGGUGCACCAUGAGCUCCUCCCUGUGCCAUUAUUGUUGUGAAUUUGCCCCCAUACCUGCUACAUUUAUAUGAAUGUUUUCAGAAAAGCACUGAAGCACAAAAAAAACACAGAACUGUAUGAUGGCUCUGCUGUUUCACAAAAUCUAUUUUUUAAUGUGUUCUGUGCUCUAAACGGCCAUCGCCACGCCCAUAUACUUUUUCACCUUUUCUCUGAAUCAGCUGGAUGUAUUUCCCCAUUAAGAGAAUCUUCUGAAGAGCAGGUGCCUCUAAAAAUGUUCUUUUUUUUUUAAACAUCUGUCACAUUAAAGGAAACCGUACCAUCAUUACAGACAUUUAAAUAGAUGCUACAAACAUUAUGUGUCUCUUAAAUCAUUUUGACCUUAACUCAGAGGUCCUCCACAUGUAGUAAUUUUCAGCUCCGGAACAAUUGUGCACAACUAUGUCUCUUAAUCGCUGUAGUGAAGUAGUGAAGAAUGGAACAGAGUAAUAUAAUUUCAAUGUAAAAAUGUAAAUAUGUUUUCAGUGGACACAAUUCUCUCCUUUGUAAGUGAUGUACAGCUUACUGGAACAAGAUGUAAUUUGUACCGUUUGAGAAUCCUAGUAACAGAGUAAUAAUGGUUUACAUGCUCGUUUUUCUGCUGUAUUAAAAUUCAAAUGGACAAUU